ACUUCUCCGGAGUCUCCAGCGAGGCAGAAGCUCGCCGCUGCGGAGAGGUCACUCCGCCAGGAAGGACGUGACGGGGGCGGCGCGUGGCGCGGACACUCCCCGCCGAGAGCCCGCCUGCCAUGGACUCGGAGUACUACAGCGGUGACCAGUCAGAUGAUGGUGGUGCGACCCCAGUGCAGGAUGAGCGGGAUUCAGGGUCAGAUGGUGAGGAUGAUGCAAACGAGCAGCACUCUGGAUCCGACACUGGAAGUGUAGACCAUCAUUCAGAGAAUGAAACUAGUGAUAGAGAAGAUGGUUUGACCAAGAUACAUAAUGGAACAGAUUCUGAGAAUGAUGAGCCCUCUAAUGUUAAUGCCAGUGACUCUGAAAGUGAGGAGCUUCACAGGCCAAAGGACAGUGACUCUGAAUCUGAGGAACAUGCAGAGUCUCCUGCCAGUGAUUCUGAAAAUGAAGCUGUCAACCAGCGUGGGAGCGACUCUGAAAAUGAAGAGCUUCUUAAUGGGCAUGCAAGUGACUCUGAAAAGGAAGAGGUUAGAAAGCAUAUAGCCAGUGACUCUGAAACUGAGGACACUCUGCAGCCUCAGGUCAGCGAGUCUGACAGCGAAGAUCCCCCAAGGCCCCAGGCCAGUGACUCAGAAAACGAGGAGCCUCCCAAACCUCGGAUAAGUGAUUCAGAAAGCGAGGAGCUCCCCAAACCUCGAAUCAGUGACUCGGAAAGUGAGGAUCCUCCAAGACCCCAGGCCAGUGACUCGGAAAGCGAGGAGCUCCCCAAACCCCGAGUCAGCGACUCAGAAAGUGAGGAUCCUCCAAGGCCCCAGGCCAGUGACUCGGAAAGCGAGGAGCUCCCCAAACCCCGAGUCAGCGACUCAGAAAGCGAGGACCCUCAGAAAGAACCUGCUAGUGACUCUGAAGCUGAGGAUGCCUCCAGACACAAAGAAAAAGCAGAAUCAGAGGACAGUGAUGGGGAGAAUAAGAGGGAAGAUUCUGAAGUGCAGAAUGAGUCAGACGGCCAUACAGAUAGAAAAGGACUCCACAGCUCUGACAGUGAGGAGGAGGAACCCAAAAGGCAAAAAAUUGACAGUGAUGAUGAUGAAGAAAAGGAGGGGGAUGAGGAGAAAGUAGCAAAGCGGAAGGCUGCUGUGCUUUCUGAUAGUGAGGACGACAGCAAAACAUCAGCAAAGAAGAGUCGAGUUGUCUCUGAUGCUGAUGACUCUGAUAGUGAUGUUGUAUCCGACAAGUCAGGCAAAAGAGAGAAGACAGUACCAUCUGACAGUGAAGAAGAAGUUGGGAAAGAAGAGUCUUCUGUAAAGAAGAAUGAAGAGAAGGAUCUGUUUGGGAGUGAUAGUGAAUCAGGCAAUGAAGAAGAAAAUCUUAUUGCAGAUAUAUUUGGAGAAUCUGGUGAUGAAGAGGAAGAGGAAUUUACAGGUUUUAACCAAGAAGAUUUGGAGGAAGAGAAAAACGAAACACAGCUAAAAGAAGCAGAAGAUUCUGAUUCCGAUGAUAACAUAAAGAGAGGAAAGCAUAUGGACUUUCUGUCAGAUUUUGAGAUGAUGUUACAACGAAAAAAGAGCAUGUGUGGCAAACGCAGACGAAAUCGAGAUGGGGGCACUUUUAUUAGUGAUGCAGAUGAUGUUGUGAGCGCCAUGAUUGUCAAGAUGAAUGAAGCUGCUGAGGAAGACAGGCAGUUGAAUAAUCAAAAAAAGCCAGCUCUGAAAAAAUUAACCUUAUUGCCUACUGUGGUUAUGCACCUUAAAAAGCAGGACCUUAAAGAAACAUUUAUUGACAGUGGUGUGAUGUCUGCCAUUAAAGAAUGGCUCUCACCUCUACCAGAUAGGAGUUUGCCUGCACUGAAGAUUCGGGAGGAAUUGUUAAAGAUUCUGCAAGAGCUACCUAGUGUGAGCCAAGAGACCCUGAAGCAUAGUGGGAUUGGCCGAGCAGUGAUGUAUCUAUAUAAACACCCUAAGGAAUCAAGGUCCAACAAGGAUAUGGCAGGGAAAUUAAUCAAUGAGUGGUCUCGGCCCAUAUUUGGUCUUACCUCAAAUUAUAAAGGUAUGACAAGAGAAGAAAGGGAGCAGAGAGAUCUAGAACAAAUGCCGCAGCGACGAAGAAUGAGCAGCACUGGUGGUCAGACACCACGAAGAGAUCUGGAGAAGGUAUUAACAGGAGAGGAAAAGGCUCUUAGACCUGGAGAUCCUGGAUUCUGUGCUCGUGCGAGAGUCCCAAUGCCAUCAAACAAGGACUAUGUUGUCAGGCCCAAGUGGAAUGUUGAAAUGGAGUCAUCCAGGUUUCAGGCAACCUCCAAGAAAGGUAUCAGUCGACUGGAUAAACAGAUGAGAAAGUUCACAGAUAUCAGGAAAAAAAGCAGAUCUGCACAUGCAGUGAAAAUCAGCAUCGAGGGCAAUAAAAUGCCAUUGUGACCUUGCCUGGCACGUGUCCCCAUCUCUAAAAAAAUGCACAGUGGACUAUCGAGAAAGAAGAUACUUUUCAAUGUUUUAGUGUGUCUCUAAGCGGUUCCAUUUGUAUCAUCUGUUGUUGUAGGACUAACAUUUUUCUCUGUUGUAUUUAAGACCAGUUGUCUGCUUUGUACAGAAGAGUACUUACUACUCCUGCUUCUAUCAACUGUACGUAAUAAAAUUUCAUUAUGGUUUUGGGGGGUUGUCUCAUCAUUGUCUUAGAGACUAUUCUUUGUGAGAUCAAAAGUCCUUCUCAAUACAUAAGUGUGAUAUAA